AUGUCUACUUCCUCUUCCAGUUAUGCCAACUAUCUCCCGAACGAACUGUUGCUUGAGAUCUUGGCGUACUUUGCAUCGUGGGGCGAGAUCGAGAGGCAAACCGCGCUUGCACGCUUUUCCGCUGUCAAUAGACAGUGGUAUGAUAUAGCAGUUCAACCACUAUACGAAUCACCAUAUCUAUCAGGAACCCGCAUCAAGCCCACAGCAUUGUCAAGUCUAGUAAAGUCGCUGGACUUAUCCCACAUCGUACAUCAAGGCGCCAAAUCGACAACAGCUAGAUUGCUAGGCCGAACGAGAUUAUCUCUUGAAGUCUUCGUAGCACCUCAAGCUAGCUUUGCAAUCAACUGCUGGGCUAGCCUGAGCAAAUGCACCCGGCUACGCGUUCUCGACCUGAGCCUGGUAUCCGAAUGCAUCAGUUUCCAAAGCUUAAACCAAACGAUACGGCAACUUGGGGAUCUACGCGAGCUUUACUUGCCUCGCUGUUCAUCUAGAUAUGAACCCUCCGCCACACCCGGUGGUCCCAGUAUUCGCUGGCCACCUAACCUGGAACACCUCGCUCUAUCUGGAUCGGUCUCUGGUCAAUUCCUAUGGGAUAUGCUACGACAACCGGCCAACUUCCCUCCGACUUUCUCUUCGCUGAGUAUUCACCAUAGUCCAGGUCUAGAUCAGCAAGGUAUCAGACCCCUACUUGACAGCCUAUCUGCAUCGCUUACGGUCGUCGAACUCCGCGAUCUACCAGCCGUCAAACAAGGCCGAUUGAACAGUGUACUAGACUGGCUACCAAACCUCGUCUCUCUAACCAUAGCACUAGACUACAUCGACAGUCGAUUCGGAAACAUGCCACCAGAUUUCUCACCAGCCCGAUGGCAAGAAGCCAAGCCACUAUACAAACUGACUCUCCUCGCUUGUGGACGGACGGGUGAUCCCUCACGUAGUUUCACGAUGACUGAUCUCUUCACCUUAAUAGACGAACGGUAUCUAGGCCGUUUGCGCUAUCUAAACAUAGGACAUAGCACGGAGUGGCAAAUUGAGGAUGAAGUGCUGGGCGCACUCGAGUCCAGUGUAUAUGAGCAGGACAAGGAGAGUUGGUUGGGCCGCAGAUGGCACUACGAAGACGUGGAUUUCACGGAUACGAGGGGUUUGGAAUACGAGCAAUGGAUCACAGACAUGGCGAUUGGGAGGGAAAUGAGACCUCGGUUUCGGCUUUUGAGGAAUCGAUAG